AUGACCUCGAGAGGGGAGCUAGCGCCUCCUGCCCUCAAAUACCGAGGCCCCUCCAUUUUCCACCAUGUAGACUGAAGCACCCACCACACAUCACCGUCAGCCCCAACCUCAGCUUCAAAAGAUACGCUAAUAAAUGCGUUUCCGGAAGGUGGCAUCUCCGUUUCCGUUCAAAUCUCCUCUUUCGAGGCCUAUAGAUUGAAGACACCACCAGGGGAGAUUUAAAAAAGGAUACAAUAACAGAGAAAUUUGGUCUUCUCUCUACCAGCAGUAGAUCCCAAGGAGCAUCUCUCUCUCACACACACAGAGUGUUUACUUCCUUCGAUCUGUGAUACUCCCUCGCUGUUGUCCUCUCAGAUACCUUCAUUGUUCCCGAGAGGGAGAGAAAGAGAUGUGGUGGAGCAGCGGCAGCAGCAGCCGGUCUAUAAGGAAGGAGAGAAGGGAGGGUGGCAUCGUUAGCUGCAUGAGCGGUAUGUUGCAGCUUUUUGAUUUCCAUCUACGAGGAGCCAUCGACUGUACGGGUAGCUCAUCCUCCCAGGUCUCCGCUCCCUCUCAGCUGGACGAUCUCGCUCUCUGCUGCACGGCCGGGAUCGAAGCACCAAGGAACAGCCUCGAGGUCCUCCUGCCUGUUGCCAACUCCGGCUUACUGCCGCAGCACCGGAACCGGCGCCACCAACUUGGCCAUGGUGAUGAAAUUGAUGACAUUCCCAUGGCUUUUGAGAUUUUUACUCGCUCUGAAUCUGGGAGGGACUGGACAUACCCAGAUAGGAGACGAAAGAGAAGCGUCGUUGCACGUUUGAUGGGUCUCGAUAUCUUGCCGGAUAAUGCUGAAAAUGGACAAGGCAUGAGAAGAGGAGGAGGAGAAGGAAGAAGAAAGAAUUGUCUUCCUGCCAAGCCUGCAAAGGAUUGUAGCCGUGGAAAUGGGGACGUCAAGUUCCAACGUCCUAAAGAAACAAAGCUCAAAGAAAGAAACCGCGAGAUUCGACUUGUGGAGAGGACGGUUCGGCAAGAGCCCCUGCCCUCGUGCUCCCGUUCCUUGCCGGGGAGCCCCCGGAUUUCGUCGGCGAGGCGGUCGGACGUCGAACACCGCCUCUCGCUCCAAAUCCAGAAGGAAAACAUUCCUCCGUUGGUGAACGUCAAUAACUUGGAUGGUUCCUCCUUAGGCUCUCUUCUUCGCGCUUCCUCCUCCUCCGCCUUGAAUUCAGAGACAAGGAAGACGAGUCCGAGGUUGGUCCUGUCGUCGAACUCGCCUCGCGUUGGAAAGACGAGAGAAGAGAAGGGGCAGCCGAAGCUUUCCAGCACCCCACCAUGCUCACCUAGGCUCAAGUGCAGAGGUGAUCAAGAAAGCACCACCAUCACCUCCACCACGACCACCAUCUCCGCCGCUGCCGCCACUACCACCACUCCAAAACCGAGCUUACCAAGGAACAAACGGACCUACCCACCACAAUCCACCGAGCCAAGCUCAAAGGCCAACGGACCAGGCUCUAGAUUGAACAACUCCAUUAACGGGAAGCCCAAGUCUGAGGGCCCCUCCUUGCUGAGAGAGAGAAGCGACACCAUGGCAAGAGUGCAGAAGAAGGACAGAGCGCCUAGUCCUCGGAUAAGGGAGAGCUACGUCAAGGUCCCAGACCGGUCUAAUGGUGAUGCCAUGAAGAAAGGGCAGAGGCCCAUCUGUGAGCAUGCCCUUCUCAAGGCCCAUUCUGUCAUUCCUGCGACCAAGGACUCCCCAAGACAGACCCGUACAAGCCCUGCCUCCGGGAUCUCUCCACUUCCAGUAUGUGCCAAUUUGCGAUCCCGCCGGAAGACAGUUGCAGCACCCGGUGAUAUUCGACAAGAUGGUUCUGUUGCUACUGACCUCUGCAAUAAUCUUCAUCAUCAUCGUCACGAUGACAAAGAAGAAUGCAUGGACCCAGCACCUUCCUAUUCCUGCGCUAACCCUCACAUCCACGACUCACCAUCAUCAUCGUCGUCGUCAUUAUCAUCAUUUUUAUCUUCGUCGGCAUCAACCUCAACCGCAUCAUCAUCCGGUUCAUCUUCCUCGCCGUUCCCCAAAGAAAAAGAUGAAGCCUUCUUCUUGGUAUAUCCAUAUAUCAGGGCAAUAUUCGAGUUGAUGGGAGUCAGAAGCAACAGCAAAGUUUGGCUCUUGAAUUGGCACUCCCCUUCUCAUCCCUUAAAUCCCGCCAUCUUGACGCAGCUCGAUGUUUUCCACCAUCGCCGUCAUGAUGACGAUGAUGGCUCCAUGGAUGGGCGCAUGUCCAACACGAGGAGCAACAGGAAGCUCAUAUUCCAUCUGGUGGACGAGCUGCUGAGGGAGAGACUGAAGCUCCACUUGGGCAUGGCACCAUGGAUGAAGACGAUGAUGACGGUGGUGAAGUCGCCGGCACAAGGGUCGUCCAUGAAGGUGGCGACGGGCAGGCGGCUGCUGGAGGCCGUGUGGGCGGACGUCCGCGGCAUCCCUUCUGCCGACUGCAAGAUCGUCCACGACGUCGACAUGCUGGUGGCCAACGACGUACUCACCGGCCACCACUCCUGCCCCAUCAACGACUCCAGCACGGAGGCGUUCGCCGAGGCGGUACUCUUCCGAGUGGGGCAAGACAUCUCCGACGAACUGGUCGCCGAGGCCGUCGCCGACUUCCUCCCCACCGCCCCCCGUUCAAAUCCUCAAGAUCCGUGUGGAAACAUGAUCCGAUGAGGUCGGCGACGGAAUAGGCGCCGUCACGGGAAGCACGUGACGACGGACCGACCAAUUUACAUGCAUGUAUAAAGGGUUCUUCCAUGUCUGCCUCUCUUGCAUUAAUGGUGGGGUUGGAGAUGAAACGAUAACGUCUCCCUUUAAGACUUAAUGGUGGAGAUGCGGUCAUCAUGCUGACGUUUCCUGCAUUAAUGGCGGAAUGUGGAGUUGCAGUCGAUGUGGAAGAUGGGACUAAGUGGGUCAAGAAGUCAGUACUACGGUUCAUUAUGGAUUUUCUUUUAGCC